CCGACACAGUCAGCAGCACGGCAUCAUGGAGGUCAGAGCUAUGUGCAUCAAAUUAUUGAUCCUGCUGUGUACACAUUACCAGGAAGUUGAUGCAGUUUCUCUUCGUAUCGCUCCAAACAGAUUGCAGUUCUUUGAAUAUGAAUCAGUGAUAUUUUACUGUGAGGAUGCUGUUUAUUGGGAAGUUGUGUAUAAUUCCAAAGGGAAAAUAAACUCAUGCAGUCACACCAACCAGGGAAAAGCAGGAUCAUUGUGCAUAAUAAAAAGUGUGUAUCCAGACGACAGUGGAGAGCGCUGGUGUGAGACUAAAGGAGCAAACAGAAGCGACAGCAUCAACAUUACUGUUACUGCUGGUUCUGUGAUCCUGGAGAGUCCUCCUGUUCCUGUGAUGGAGGGUGAAGCUGUGACUCUUCGCUGCAGAAACAAAACUGCUUCCUCCAACUUUACCUCUAAUUUUUAUAAAGAUGGAGCUCAUGUUCACAGCAGCGCCACAGAAGACAUGACCAUCCAAAAAGUUUCAAAGUCAGAUGAGGGACUUUACACGUGCAACAUCUCAGGAGGGGGACAGUCACCGGAGAGCUGGCUCAGUGUCACAGAAAGUUCCAACGAGAUUCCGUCAGCAUGUGUCACAUCUUGGAAAACUGCCACUAUUUCAUUGAGUGCGCUGUUGUUGUUGGUGGGACUGCAUCACCUUGGUAAAUGUCGCCAGGGCAGAGUGUCACUCUGUCAGUCAACAAAGGUAGAUGUCUCUCGCUCAUUCGAGGAUCAAACAGUCGUUGCAUGUUCUUUUUUUCCCCCAGUUUCAACAGAAGUCAGUACAGUGAAUGUAGUGAAAGAAACAUAUGCUGUUGUAAGAAAAAGCAAAGCAUCGCUCUGUCAGUCAGCAAAGGAAGAUAGUUUGAUCGAGGAUCAAACAGAACCGGGACCCAUCACAAGGAUGCCCUCAGCAUGUACCAGCCAACCUGUAUCAGCAGAUCCCUUCUAUUCUGUAAUAUCAUAGGUUGCAGAGAGAGCUGAAUAAAGACAUAAUUUCAACUAAGAGAGAGUGAAAACAACCCAGAAUUGUACUAAUUUUUUUGUAACUGAAGAAGCUGUACACAUUGUACAUUGAGUUUGGUUUGCAUGUCUGUAAACUGUUAUAGCUUGUGUGCAUUCAGUUAAAUAGACCCAUGUGGUUCAAAGUACGUAGAAAGUUCAGUUACCAAGGCAGACAGUGUUCUGCUUUUCUCUACGUUUACAUCUAAUUAAAACUAACUUGUGGCUUCUGCUUUGUCUUUUCACAUAUGUAUGAACACUGUUACAAGAAAAGACUGGUUGCAGUUCACAGGCACUCACUGUGGUGAACUGCUAAUCUGAGUGUUGCAUUGCCUUUUCUGAAACAGCUGUGUGGUCAGGAGUAAAAUAUGACUUUGUGGUUUGAUAUAAAGCAUAUCUUUAAGUAAA